CUUCCACUCCCCAUGUCAAUGGGAACUGAUCAUGCGCAACGAAUCGAAAUUUACAGUAUUUUGACGUUUGUUUUGGUCAAGUCAAGUCAAAGUCGCAGGCAGGUUCAUUAUAGUUGCGAACUAGUGUAUUGAUUACCCCAAAUUUGUGCCAGAAACAUUUUUCAAAAUGACGAUUUUGACUAAACCUUUCUCCGAAAAGAAAGGGGAGAAGGACGUAGCUCCUUUGGUGUUCAACGAACAAACCGCCCCAGCCAAUGCUCCAGAAGAUGUCGAAUCACAACAACGUAGAAUGCCCCGCAUUCUUAUUUUUCCAGCCGGUGCACGACCCCACAGGGUUACGACAGUUACUACCCUCUGUCUCCUUCUGACCGCUCUUACAGUCGUAGGAAUAGGUAUCGUAGGAGGCAAAAUUCUGUACGACCAGUACAUCAGAGUAGCACAUAAACGGUUUGAAGGAUGGGCUCAGAUUCCAAUAAAAAAUGAAUUGAAAAGUGCAUAUGACGGGACAGAAGUAGAUGAUACUGAUGCGUUUUUAGAUAAAAUAUUACCAACAGAAAAUUACAAUGAAAUGUGGAACGAUGACGAUACUGACUUCAAGCAUAUUUUCAAAGAUUAUUUCCAAGAAAACUUCGAGAUUAGCAACGACGAAAAAUACGAAAAAAUCGACGUGCCUGAUUUCAGAGAUGGCCGCAGCGGCCGUUUCAUCCACGAUUUUAAUACCAACACAACUGGCAUCAUCGACAUAACUGGACGUAGAUGCUUCGUCAUGCCAUUGAACCGAGACAAUGUUCUACCACCAAAGUCGUUGUUUGAUUUGAUUCACAAGAUGUGGGAAGGUUAUUAUAAAGUAAAUACCGAUCUUGUUAGAAAAAAUAUGAGAGUUAUCAUCCCACCAAUUACAGAUACCAAGACCAUUGGUGGAUAUAUUGCAAGUGAAUGUGAUGGAUUGCCUAUUUAUAAAUUAGAAAAAUACGUCGGUGGAGUUGUAAAGAGGUCUGCCGAUAAGCAGUCUGAACGAUUCGCCCAGUUUGCUGGCCAAGGAGUCACCCAGAUAGAAAUUACCAACAUGGAUGAGGUGUAUGCCUACGAAAAAAGUUUGAUUAGCCAUUAAAUUGUUUAAUUAUCGUAUUAACAUAAAAUUAUUAUAUAAAAAAUUGAAUAGUUGAGAGGCAUCACCAAAAUUUCUCUUGCUUUUCUCGUAUUUUAUUGUUUAGUUCUAUCGUAAAAUACUUGAUACGAUGGUUGUCUUUUUAGUUUUGCAUAUAGCCAUAAAGACAAAAAAAUAUAGACCUGAAUUUAUUGUCUUUUGGGCAGUGUGAUCACUUGCAUUGCCUUGAGGUAGGAUGAUUCGCCGUUUUGUGUUGCUUUGUCGGAGUUUCGCGAUAACUUCUGGUAAACAAGAGGUUAUAUACCUAUCAGAAGUAACCGUUCUUCGAUCUUCUAAAGCAAUUGUUGCCACAUGACCAGAUUUUGACACAAAAGUUGCGACCAUUUUCUUUGACACUCUUCGAGAACGGAUCACUUUUGUUGGUUUUUCCUCAUCGUGAAACAUUCACACAGCGAAUUUGCGUUGAUUUUACGGUUCGUAGGAGUAAAUCAAAGAUUCAUCGCUACUAACAAUACUAUAAACGUUUUUUGAGCUUCCUUUGUUGAACCGUUCCAAUGUUUUUCGACACCAAUCGACGCGAACAGCUUUUUGCUUUUUGAAAUUAGCAGUACCAGCGGGAAACAGUUGACUGGUGUGAUGCUUCAUUCCCAAACAAAGAAACCAUUUCAUCGAGACAUUGUUGUUGGGAUAGUCCUCUCGAAAAAUUGUAAGAACUUAUUGCUCGAAAAUAUUCUCGGCUAAGAUCCAUUUUUCGACCUUGCGCUAAUUUCAAAAAUUCACUGUAUCUAUACAACUGGUUGUAACGCAAUGAAACUCUGGAUUUAUGUCAACAAAAGAUUGAGGUUACAUUUGUGUCGGAAGGUUUUAUUUGUGGCGCCCUCUAUGUGGCGCUAUAUGCAAAACUAAAAAGACAAACGUCAUAUUAGUUGUGUACAAAUGAUGUAUUACAAAAGCCCUAUGCCUUACCUCGGUGCUUAUAACGGACGGUAUAUGGUUUAAAGGAACUUUUGCAUACAUCAUCUUAUUUUAAUAGACGAAAAAUUGGUCUAAAAACAAUUUUUGAUCAAGACAGUCAAUUUCGCAUAAUCAAUCAGUCUAAAAUUAUUGUUUCAAUUCAAAAAGAAAAUAGUUAUUAGUUAUACGUUUAUUUAUGACUUGUAUGUGAGAUAUUCGGUUAGAAUCAUACAAGAGGUUUUUAGAAAUGUCAAAAAUUGUUUUAGGAACCCCAGUAAAGUAGAUAAAAUUAUUAAUUAUUACUAAUAGUGGAAAUACCAGUUUCGUGAAAUAAAGAUAUUAUAAAAUGCAUGUAAAGUUUAUGUAAAUUUUAUAAAUAAAAUAGUAUUGACACUAUUAUAUCAUUUGUGCAAUAUAUUUCGUCAUGUGUUGUAUUUAAAAGUUCCUAUGGAAUAAAUCCCCAAAAACCUA